AUGCAGCUCAAACUCCUGGUCCUGGCCGCCCUACAAGGCUUCGCCGCUUCGCAGAGCACCGUCUUCAGCUCACAGCUCUGCGUGACCUCGUCUGGGCGAGUCUCUGUUAGCCCAAUCCGUCGUACCACCAUCACCCAGACUACUGGCUUGACCUUUCGGACCACUGUCUGCCCGCCGCCUCGCACUACUAUCAGAACUGUUACACCACCUUUUGUCACUGCCACGUCUACGGUGAGCGUCACGGCGUUCAGUACCGUUACUACCGUUCAGGUUGCUGGUACUUCCACGAGCUUUGUAACCGGGAACCCCGUUACCGUCUUCAACACCGUUGCCGUGACGAGCACCGCCACGGCCGGUAGUACCUCAACUAUCACUGAGACCACCACUCCGACAGUGACGCAGCCAGCACCGGCAGGCUUCACUCCUCUCUCCGAGGAGCCAGAUUACGUUGCCAAAAAGAAGAAGAAGCGUUCCCUCGCAGGACGGAUCCCACUCCUGAAGCGAGCUCCAUGCACAAAGAGAAAGUCCAGCUCCGGCUCCAGCCCCGACUCCAGCUCCAACUCGACUCUCAACCCCAUCCGAAUCUCCCAGAGAUGGUAUGCCCAGUCUGUUAGUUGCAUCAAGAUUGUCAAGACAGUGAGAGUCAGCACCGUCGUGCCCUCGACCUGCGUUCGGACCAGGUCUACCACCGUCACGCUUGCCGCCAGCACCUCGACUGAUGUCACGACCGCCACUGCGUUUGUCACUACCACGGUUACGGUUCCAACUGCUACUGGUGUUACUGUCACCGUCACCCCCACCGUCACAGCCCAAACUACCGUAACCUCGACGGCCACCACUACUACCACUGCUACUACCACGGUAACUGAGACCGCCCCAGCCCAGACUGUCUACGCUGCGUGCGGCGCAAGCAACCAAGUCUCAUCCGCCAACGGCGGCCAUCAGUUUUCGGCGAUCAACGUCAACUCUGGUGGUUCUCAAAACCAGGUCUUCAGCAGGACUGCCAACUCAGCUUACGACUGCUGCGUGAGCUGCCUGCAAACCACCAACUGUGUUUUUUCAUACUACGACAACGCCGGUGGUUGCGAGGUCGUUGUUGGGCAGACGUGCAACCAGCAGGAUGCCAUGGGAACUUCGUUUGAGACAUCCCAGGAUGGUGGCUUGAAUUAUGUUAUCAGCAACGGACCUUGCGGCCGCGUCGCCAAUGGUGGUGACCAAUGA